AUGGAGCCGUGCCCGGUGGUGGGGCUGGGCGCGUGGGAUGAUGUCGCGGGGAAUGAUGGCGCGAGGGGGGAUGGCGCGAGGGGGGAUGGCGCGAGGGGGGAUGGCGCGCCGGACGCGCUGAGGGACCAGUGGUCCUGCGCGCUGGUACCGCGCUUAGAGGCCCGCGCGCGACAGCUCCACCGCGCCCUCACGUCCUUCCACGUAACCAUCGCGACUCGGCGCGCUGUGCCGUUCACGCCAAGCGACCUCUCGCGCCUGCUGCUGUCCCUCGCCGCGCACUGCCCGUCGCUGCAGCGGUGCGUGCUUCAGGUCAAGGUGUCGGGGGAGACAGGGUGGCGGGGCGGCCGCGGAGGUCAUGCUACUUGCGAGGAGGUGGAAACGGGGGAAGCGGCGGAGGCGGAGGCGGAGGCGGGGAGUGCUAACAGCAGAGGUGCCGAGCGGAUGGGGAAUAGCGUGUGUGCUGCCCUCCGCGCGUUGCUCACACAGUGCUCCGCCUUGCGCUCCCUCCACUUGCACCACACCUCCCUCACUCCCCACCUCUGCCUCCCCGCCUCCCUACCCGCCCUCGCCCCGCGCUUGGAGCACCUCUCCCUCCCGCUCCCCCACAUCCCGCCAUGCCUCUUCCGCCUCUCAAGCCUCCGCUCUCUCUCCCUCACCCUCUCGCCCCCUAUCCAGCCUCAACUCGCGUCCGGCUCCCCUUUCGCCCUCAUGACUCGUCUCUCCUCCCUCUCCCUGCAUCUCGACCUAGACGUUCAUGCCCACCGCGACCCUCCCCCGCAUCUUUUCCUCCGCAUGCUCCUCUCGCAUUGCCACCCUGCCUGCAUCCCCCCCUCCACGCUUCCCAUCUCACCGGACCUGUUCGCCGGGCUCGGCCUGAUCCUGCGCCGCCUGUCCCUGCGAAGCAUGAAGGUUCGGGGCUUCUGUGAGGACUGGCCGCCGGUGAGAGUACCCAGAGAGCACUGCCUCGCGUCCCUCUGGUCUCUCCAUUCACUCACACAGUUAGACACCAACCUGUGGGUGAUGGACGGUGACUGGGCACUCUCCCAUCUCUCCGCGCUCACUCGUCUUGAAAUGCCCGCAGCAGCGUUCGACCCACACGGGGCCAUUCUCUCUCUGCCCACCCUGGGUCAUCUUGACGUUGCCAUUCCAGACAUCUCCCUGCUGCUGCCCUCCCACAACUCAUCACCUCGUGCCGAUGCGACCGGCUCUGUUGGUGCAUCGUCCUCUCGCCUGUCAACUGCCAUAGGGGCAGUUGCACCAACAGGCACAGACGCACAUGCCACGCACACCACCUCCUCCUCCUCCGCCACCACCACCGGAUUGCAUACCCUAGUGCUUCGCUCCACCGGUCGUCUCCGCAUUUCUUCCACCACCUUUCCAUAUCCGUCUCUUCUCCACCUGGAGCUCCGCUCACUGCCCUCUUUGCUUUGGCUCGACCCUCGCGAUCGCCCCAUGCCGCCUUCCCGCUGCCUCUUCCCCAACCUGCGCUCGCUGCUGUGUGCGGUAAACGGCUCCAGGGGUGGAACAGAAGUUGAUGUGGCAGCACUCCCUUCACUCACGCACGUGUCGGGUGGCCCGUGCCUCUUGCGCACAGAUACCACCCCGUCACUCUACCCUCGCCUGCAAUUCCUGCUUCUGAAAUUCACAGAACCUCCAUACCCCCACCCGCUCCUCUCUUCCUUUACACAGCUGCGCUUUCUCUGCCUGGGAAUGGCCGGGUUGCCAUGGCAAACGGCCCUGCUCCCUGCCCUCAGCUCGCUGCCGCUCCUGCGCACGCUCCGCCUGGAAAACAUAUACACAGCCAUGCAGUGCUGUGUGUUUGACACGCCCCUUCCCCUCACAACGCUGCAGCUCUGCAAUGCACACCUAGAGUCCGUGCACCCAUCCAUCGCCCUCCUCACACGUCUCACUCGCUUGGAUCUCCUCCGUUGGAUCGAUCUGAAUUGCCUACCAGAGCAGCUGACAGCACUGACGGCACUGCAGAGCCUGGCAGUGAGUGGGUGCCGUAGGGGAAAGCCUGGUGUACCAGAUCGCUACCUCUCUGCUACCCAGCAACGCGCUCCCUUGUCAGGCGCAUCACGACUCUCCCCCCCCCCCCCCCUUCCGUAG